AUGAGUCCUUCGACCACCAAGAAUCGUCCGCAUUUACCUAAUAAUCCGCAUCACCAGCUGGAAUGGUCCAAUUCAACGGCAAACUUAUUUCUGGGCGGUGUUGGGGUGCGGAGAUCAUGGAUGUUGGGUGCUUCACCUUCUGUGUCAAUCAGCUCUGCUUCUGGUGCUCCUACCAUUCCUCUCGAUUCAUCCUGCCAGUCUUCACUUGCUGUUGUCUCGGCUCCGUCUUCUGCCUUUGCCUCUGCCAUUGCCAACCAACCUAAAAGUCGGCCGCAAGGCAUACAAGACCCCCCUUCAUCCUCCGUCACAAUCGUCCCGCGGAGUCAGAAGAGCCAAAAAGAUAAUAAUGAGGUCGCCUUCACUGCCAAUGGUAACUUCAUUAAUGCUCCUACUGCGUCCCCGCCGUCAGUCUUAAUGUCACCCGUGACGCCCGGGGGAAUCCUUCCACAAAAUCGCGAAAUUCUACCUCCCUGCCCUGGGGUACCGCCAAGCCUCCCCGUGUCUACCAUAACAGCUACCCCGAAUGUCAGCGCUCCUCCUGUGAUAAAUGAGUCAACGGUGUUCGUCCAUGCAACUCAACCGCUGCAGCAGUCACAGUCCUCCUCGCUUCCGUCUCCCGAUUCAAGCAGUGCCUCCCAUCCUAGCCCUGCUAGUGCUGGAGACCGGAAUGACCGCUGUCUGUCACAUGGCGUUCCUCCAUCCCCUCCGCCAGUCUCCGGGCCGAUGCAGAUACACAGACAGCUGGAAAAUCCUAGGCAAAUUAACCAGCGCAAUCUCAUGCCCGCCACCGCAGCGCCGACCACAGUGGGCGGGGAGAGGAUGGCCGAGGAAACUUCAGCGCCAUCCACAAUUCGAGGCGGGCAGAGACACCAGGAGAUUGAGAGUCCUCAGCAGUUCAUAGCCCCGGCUCCCCCUGAAGCACAGCAGCAGUCUCGACCGUCGAUGACCAGCGCCCCGCCCGAUUGGAACCAUAUUCCUUCCAGCCCCGUUGGCCUGGGUCCUUCUACUUCCUUCAUCAACCAGACAUUUUGGACACAGUCGCAGGAGGCCCUGGAUGCUUUCGUGGCAAGAGCGGAUAGUGCCAUGCUGCUCUCAGAGACAGUGGAACUGCCACGGACACGUCUUCUACGGGAUGCUUGUAACGAAAAGGAUUUGUUCUACCUAACUCUUCAUCAAAUAUACACCCUGCGCACCUUUGCUCCUUCGGAGUUUGCUCGGUUACCGUACGUAAGCGGACAAAACGAGACGGGCAUGGAAGUUGUGCAGCAGCUUCUAGUAGACAACCACCGUUUAUCAGGCGACUUCUUGAGGUGGAGCGUUAAUUUUCCUCGGCCGUUGGGUGUGAUGUGUCAGACACGUGAGUUCCCAAUAGUUCUCCAUCGGAUCGCCCGUUCCCUGGGAUUGUUCGCUGAAAAGUGGACGGCUUUUGAUCGUCACAUCCGAGAGCGCGGUUAUCCCCCUUUGAUUGAUGAAUUAGUCGUGCAAUUUGGCAUAACAUCGACCGUACUAUUAUCAAUAGUAUUCCUAGCCUUGUCCCGAAGGAUUUUCGGCACGCAGCAUGAAGACCAGUUGCGGAGUAUCUACAGCAAGAACAAGCGGAAUUACGUCGAACGGUUCGGUUCCAGGCACACUCCGCAGCAGAUUCACCGCGAGAACGAGCAUUUGAUCCAGGCAUACAAGGCCCUUUCCCGUGCCCAGAUAUCGCCAGUUGGUCAACAAACUUCACCUGUGGCACAGGAGCAUGCAGCUGAACCCCAGCGCUCAUUGCAGCCCGUUGGGCCCACAGGGCAAAUCACAUAUGUCGCAAUCCCAAGCCCUCAGAUGCCGUCCGCGCAAGUACCCGUACAUAGCUCUCAAUCGCAGACCCUGCCAAUUGCUGUUUACGCUCCUGAUGCCAUGAAUCGUGCCGCGCCGAUGUUUCUGAAUGGUCAGAGACCCCAGCAUCCACCCCCUGCACGGCCAAAUCUUGUGCAUCCCAGGGGGCUUGACAUCUCCUCUCAAGUGCCAGCUGGGCAGAUGACAGGCACGGCUGCUCAGUCACCGGUGCCUGCACCUGGUGGACAUCAGGCGCAAGUAGUAUCGCACUCCCCUUCUCAGGAUGUCCGCCAAAUCCCACCGCAGCCUUCACUUCAGGCUAUGUCAUUCACCACUCCUGUUCAUCGCAUUACUACUCAAACGCGGCAUGUGCAAGGACUGGUGCAGCAACCGCAGCAAAACCCGCCGAUACCACAGCCGCUCCUUCCUCCGCCGGGGCCCCUACCAUCUACCACGACACGGCCUCACCCUCUCCGCCAUGCCCUACAUCAAGCACAUCUCCGCGAUCCCAUAGUCAAAUGGACUUUCUCGGGAACGGGAGGAGAAACUACAGACAAGGAGACGAAUCUGUUCCAUUAUUUAAAAUCGUUCGCGGUACCGCCGACUCCCUUGGGGCAGACAGAGUCUGCUUUUGAAUGGCAGUUUCCUCUUUCCCGAGCAGACUUUGACCGGCUUCCUCGAAUCGUGCCUGGUGAUAUCGGCCAGCGUCUAGUGCGAUCCCUGGUUGAUGGUAGUCUGAUCUAUCGUCUGCGGUGUAUUCGCAUUUCGCCGUCGGCGAAAGAGGUGAGCCAGCAUACUUGGUGUCUCACAGAAUCUGUGUGGCCCAGUGUUAUUUAUAUCUUUGUGAAUGGCGUAGAACUCUAUGUUCGCCGCAAAUUUCACAACGGCAAAGAUAUUCCUCUUGACAUCAGUGGUCACCUAAAAGAAGGCUUGAAUACUAUCUCCCUGCAUUUCCUCCGCAGUGCCGCAGAGAGCAGAGACGUGGUAUAUGCAUUAGCGGUGGAGGUCAUGGAUAUCCUCAGUUUUGCUCAAGUGAAGAAGCUCGCUCAGACCCUACCCGCACCCCAGUCUCGCGAGCGGAUAUGUCGACGUCUUUCCUUGAGCGCUGCGGACGAUGAAUUAAGUAUUAUCAGUGACUACCUCGCUGUCAAUCUAGUGGACCCGUUUAUGGCUCGAAUAUUCAACAUUCCUGCUCGCGGAAUUACUUGCGAGCACGUAGAAUGCUUUGACCUCGAGACAUACAUCUUGACCAGGGCCUCCAAGGCGGGUAAAGCUGUCUUGAAGGAGAAUUGGAGAUGCCCAAUCUGCGGCGCAGACGCCCGUCCUCAACAUUUGAUCAUCGAUGGCUUUCUUAGUGAAGUCCGUGCCGAACUUGUACGCACGGGUUGUCUUGAGGGAGCAAGAGCAAUAAGGAUCAAAGCGGACGGAUCUUGGGAGCUCAAGAGUGAUGGGGACGUUACUUCAUCUGAAAGGGAGCUUGCACGGGUACAGGAAAGCAGCUCAUUGAAACGAAAACGUGAGGGCGUCGUUUCACCUCUCGCAACUCAGAGGCCGAAGACAGAAGGUGCUGGUCGAGAAUCGCUAGCUUCUCGCGAAUCCUCAGCAUCUUUGGUCAUCGAACUCGAUUAG